UCGUUGAGUGGGUGAAUCGUGCCACGUGUGUCAAUCGUGCACACGGUGCAUGCGUUCGAGCAUGGACUUUGACAUUCGUCAUCGGAAGCACGAGAGGCACGGGAAUGCUGACGGGUUGACACGACUGCACCGACCCGAGAAGGUUCUCAAAGAGCGAGGAGGAUCCAUCCGAGGAGGCAGGGGAAAAGAAGAAGCCAUCGAAGAAGAGGACGACGCCGAAGAAGAGACGUCGGAGGAAGGGAGUUAUAGUGAGCACAGCGAAGGGGAGCAAAGUGUAGAAGAGGAAGAAGAGGACGAAGACGAAGAAGAAGAAGAGGAAGAGGACGAAGCCGGAUCGGAGUGGGAGGCCUUGCCGGAAGAAGCGGCACGCACAGGCACAGAGGCGGAAGAUCCUGAGGCGGCACGUAAGAGGGAAGAGAUCGCCGCCGAGAAAAGCCAGCGGGAGUUCGCCAGCGAGGCGAACCUGUGCAUCAACGACGACCCGACUAGGGAUCCAGAGCCCCCCAAGCCCGAAGAUGGCGACCCAGCAACCGCGGCUCCGAGCGCAUCGCGACGGAGACGGAGCCGAUCCCCCUCCCCCUCAACCUCAGCCCGUCCCCCAGUUCGUCCACGUACCGAUGCAGGGGAUCGGCCUUCGUCCCCGGUCAUUAUCCCGCAGUCCCCUUGAUUACCUCACCCUCUGUCAGAUCUCUACCCCCGUCACCUUCACUCGC